AUGAGUUAUGCAAGUACUAUGGACAGAGACAGAGUCUUUCACCACCUUCGCCAACAACGAGAAAAUUGUAGAUGUUUCGAGUGCGGUGCGGCUAACCCAACGUGGGCUUCUGCGCCUUAUGGAAUCUUUUUGUGCAUUAAUUGUGCGGGACUUCAUAGAGGACUUGGUGUUCACCUCACAUUCGUUCGCUCAUGCGACAUGGACGAGUGGAAGUACUCCGAACUCGAAGUCAUGAAAGCAGGCGGCAAUGCCCAAUUUGCGCUUUACCUCCGUCAACACGGCGCAGAGAAAUUGGGGCUUCAAGAAAAAUACAACUCACAAGCCGCUCGCGACUACAAAGAAAUGAUGAAAAAGAACUCUACAAAAUCAACAAUCCCACAAACACAUUCCGCACCAAUAAAAAGUGCUCCAAUGAUAUCAACAAAGGCGUCCGACGAAGUUCUGACAGACGAAUGGGAGACCAUCGGUGGCGAUGAAAAACCUCAGACGCGCCGCAAAAACGUCUCAGAAGCAAAGCGCGAAGAAGACCGCGAAAACUUUGUCGAGAGCUCCUUUGUGGCUAAACAGUCGGACACCACCGAAAAUUCCCACCACGACAAUUUUCAAAAUUUCUCAAAUCAACAGGAAGAGCAAAACGAGAGUGACGUAGUCAUAGGCGAUGAUCAAGGACAAGAAAAUACUCCAAACUCAUGUAAAGCUUAUGAAAACACCACUGGCAACGGACAAGAGUCAUACCUGACACAGAUCGGACAUGCCGUCGGCGUCGAGGAGUGCCUCAUUGUGUAA